AGGUGUUGGCAAUGGCAGCAAGGGAAUGGACUAAACCAGGCCCACCGACCUCCCUAAUGAACAGGUUCGUUUGUUUUGGCAUGAACGACAGCGGCGAGUUUGUUUUGUUUGUUUUUUGCCACUGACCAUCAGACUCUUGCUAGGACAUCGACCAGGUUCCUCUUGAGGUUCGACCUUCCGUUAGAUGCAUUUCAUGUUCAUCAACUUCCAACGAUUUUGACCGAUUGUCUCAGCAGGGCUAUCGGCAGUGCUUCAGGUCUUGUCGGCCUCUGCGGUUACACGACGCCCAAAUGCGAAGUUUCCGCGCCAAGUCGCGAAAUAUGUCCGUCGUGCACGUACUUGGGUUAGGGAGGCGACGAUUACCGUCAAUGAACUUUUCCAAUUAUUUGGUCGAGCGGGGAUGCACUCAACCCUCGCGAUCCAGCGGUCCCGUCCAGCGGAGCGGCGUUCUAGUGAGACAAGCUGCGGUGGGACAUGGUGAAGGCGAGACGCAUGUCUUCGCGGAAGACUCCCUUCCCUCGGAGGGGAUGGUGCAGACUUGAUUCCGCGGACGGCCUCGUGUCCGCGGCCAGUCGUGUAGCUGGCGAAGACGUUUCUUCUCUGACGCACCUACGAACUACACACAGGUGGCUCUACGUGACGCCCGGGAGCGGAAAAAAGUUACAACGAGGUCUCGAAGCAUUCAGCCAGCAAGGGACUAUAUUAACAAGGCGAGGUCACAACUGGCACCUUGCGAGAAGUCGGGCACUCUGAGUACCGGAUUAUUAUUUUGAUUCAGCCGUCGUGAACAAAGAACAUGUUACGCCAGUCAAGCUGACACGAUACGCAAUUACUAUGCCUGGAGUGUUGACAAGCCAGCUGUGCGUGCCGGGAAUACAGCUUUACAGUCGGGUGUAAUGACAUCUCACACGACGCAAGUAACUUUUCCUUUCUCUGUGGCGCAUGCCGACGCAUAGCAAGCGCGGGACGACGGCAUUGAGGCCAACGCCAGUAAACAUCUGCCCGAUGGGAGCGGUCGCCGUUGCUGGGCGCUAGCAAACUUAAGGGAUUGCGUGUGAAUGUUACUUUCAUGUUAGUGUUGGUGACACGUAAGGAAGGUUGUACCUCUGUGUCCUUGAAGCACGGAGGCCCUUGGUCAGAAAUCGGACUGGAUUUCUUGUCGUAAACAAGCCGAAGGAGCCUUGGGGAAAACCGAACGUGGCUUGUCCUUCAUUUACACAAUCGCCAUGAUCGCCGGGCUGUGGUUAAGUGGCAAUUAUGAAGAAACGGUGACCGCUGACCAGGCUCCCAACAGGUAUGUGGACCCAACCGCGCUAAAUGACGGGUUCUGUUACAAAUGGUAGGGUCAGUGAAUUUCAACAGGCGUUUCCUCACGACCGUUCUGGAUGCUUGGGAUACAUUGGACGUGUCUGAGUGGUGUUGAAAGCCGGGUUGUGACUUAAUGCUCAAUCACCAUACAGUGAACAUCUAAUCAGCAUUGCGAGCGCCCUGAUAUCAAAGCGCCGCUACAAAGUGAGGCAUUGUGGACCAUCAACCGGCCGUGUUGUCCUCCGCUCGGCAUCUUUUUGUCUUGCAUUGCUGCAAUUUGUUGUAGAUUACUUGGAGAGGAAGAACGCACCAAGACCUAGACUGUCACCUCGGUGGGGCCGCAGCGCGCCAAUUCCGUCAGCAUGCUCUACCUGACGCCGGUGAAACCGUGGUGCCCCUGUCCCUUUCUCCGAGACCGGUCGCCGCAUCCUGGGUCUGCUGCUCGUGCUGCUCUGCUGUGUCGGCCUCUUCCUCUCCACGCUGCUCGUGCUCAUGAGCGUGGACAUCGUAUCGGUCAUGUUCCGCUUCCGCUACUUCUACCCACCGUCCGAGCACUUCUUCAAGCCGGCAACGGUGGCGCUCCUCCACAUGGCCAUCCACGUCGGCGUCUACGCCUGGUUCGCCGUCGCCUGCUUUUACACCUCGCGCUGGCAGUCGCGCAUGCGCUUCAACGAGUACGUCUCGGUGAUGGUGUUUGGCUUCCUCGUGAUGUCGCUCUGUGAGCACGAGAUCUACGUGGCGCUGUACGGCGGCGUGCGCGACUGGACCCACGAGCUUGGUCUGCGGAUCGACCAACCGUCCUUCUUCUACAAAUUCAGCGAGCUGGCGCGCUACCACAUCGACAAGCUACAGGUGGAGGAGCGCUGCUGCGGCGGCAGCGCCUCCUGGAUGUGGCACCUCAUCGACUGGGUGGGCCUCGAGGACGAAGGGUUCCUACCGCAGAAGGUGCAGCAGCGCCUGCGCGGCACGCCCUGGCAGAUCUACUCGACAAGCGAGCAGGUCCGCUUCGUGCGCGGGCUCAGCGCCGCCGACCUCGCCGACAUGCGCAACCGUAGCAUGGCCGUCUGCACCGACUGCCCGUACAUCAAGCCGUGGAGCUGCUGUGACCCGGAUAGCAACGCCCACCGCUGCCGCCUCAGCCGCGCGCAGCUCAACUGGACUGUCUAUGAGAGCACCGGCAUGCGCGUCAUCAACUGCACGGUCGGCGUGUACGUCACCGAGUUCUACGACACCAUGGUGGAGUGGGGCGUAGUCGCCGAGGUGAUGAGCUGGACGGACCUGCUGAUCGCGCUGCUCGCCAAGUACCUGGACUCGGCCAGCAACGAGGCGAUGCUCUCCGGCUUCCCGGAAGGCCCGUCGAGGGGGUACCUCAUGCAGCGCUGCUGCGGCUGGUUCUGCCCCAAGCCUGGCUUCAUGCCCGAGCAGCCGCCGGCCGUGGCGCUCACCUAUCGCGCCGAGGAGGCGCCUUCGGGCAUCUUCGGCGCCCAGGAGGAGGGCCUAGAGCACCAGCUGGACGAGCAGCUCGACAGGGAGGUGGAGCGCAAGCAGGAGAAGCGCCAGGAGCGGCGUGAGGAGCUGCGCCAGAAGCGGAUCGACAAGAAGGUGCAGCAGCACCGAAGGAACAUGGGCCGUCGACGACGACACGGACAACGACGAGGGCAUGGACGCCGGCGUCGACGACGAGACGGAGGACGUGGAGGUCAACGAUGACUGGGCGGCGGACUAGGACGAUGUGACGACAGUCUGACAUGACAUGACAGUCUGACGACAGUCUGACGGCUGACAGUCACGGACUGUGAGUGGAAUGGCGCAUUUCGGCGCGGAAGCGCGCCGCUCAGACAACAUUCAGCCUGGGGCCGCUACUACUGGAAAACUCCGUGUCAACUCCACGGUGAUGGUCUCGCGGUGAACGUCGUGAGGUUCUCCGCGUCCCAGUUGGCGUGGACAUGGAGUGCCACGUGAUGCCCCUGCGCCGAUUGCGUGCGCUUCAUGCAAGAUUGAAAAUGCUGUCUUUUAUGCUGGCAGUAUUUAUGCAGAGAGAUGUGAUGCGAGAACAUAGCUCGGAGCCACGCCUAGCCUCACACCUGCAGCAUCUUGCACAAAUGCACAUUAUACACAGUAUGCUGUAGGUCCGAUGGAAAAUAGUGCAUCGCCAAGUUACAUGCAUCCUGUAUCAUGUAUCCUGUAUCCUAUCCAUAUGUUGUAUGUGGAUGAACUAUGCACGGGGACGGUGGUGCGAUGCGCUAAUAAUUGCCAUACAGCACAAUCGG